AUGCACGUACGCACACGGUAUCUUCACGUUAAACAGCAUCAUGUCCGCAUUGAACGUCUUCAGCAAACAAUCUGUGUCGAUAUUGCCAUUUGGUCUGGCCAUAUCGAAGAGAUCGAUCGUCGAAUGAUGUUGGCCGCUGCUGAAUAUGGGCUCUUGGCCAUUUUUGUUUGUUGA